GUUUCCAAUAGUGUUAACACGAGUUGAGAGGAAAUGUGUGUUUUAAUUGCCUAUCAUCUCAAACAAACAGAUCAUUGAAUCCGUGAAAAUGAUAAAUCAAACAAAAUUUCCCUCAAAAAAAAAUCUGAAAUAAAAAUUUUAGAUUAGAUGCGAGCGACCAUUGAAUCAACACUUGGUUUUUCACCACAACUUGUAUAGUCACUUGAAAUACUAUAUUUAAAAAGUGUGGAAAAUUUGUUAAUUAAUUACAAAAUUAUUUUCUAAUAUCAAAUGUUUUUAAAAUGUAUUUGAAAAAAAUCAUUGCAUUUUGUAUAUGUGUGUGUAGUUUGUAAUGCAAUGCGAAACUGACCCAAAUUGCAAUCAAUCGUCACUACAUUCAUAGAAGUCCAUAAUGUCUGCCAAUAUUAUCCCCACAACUGUGGCCAACAAAGUGAACAAAACUAAUGUUUUCGACGUAAAACUGGUGACCAUUUGCGGCAAACAAGUUGAGGUGACCUACGAGACCACCCACAGGAGGGUCGACAUCUACGGCCUG